GUUAUCUCCCUUAUAGUUGACUGCCCAACAGAGGGCGGGUCUUUUUCAAGAACGCGGUAUAGGAAGAUUAGUGGCAGACAUCUUCAAACGCACACAUAAAUUUAAACUUUAGGUGAAUAUAGAAAUCCAUGAUGACAGACCACAGUGAUGGUCAGCCCAUGUAUAUAUUACAGGAAGGUGGGGAGGAGGAUACCAGUACAUUAGAAUCCCAACAGGGAACAGUCAACAUCUUUACCCAGGAUGGUCAAAUGGUAAUGGAAAUCACAGGACAAGGGGACAAUACUCAGUUUGCUGAUUAUGGUAUAGAUGAGGUUCAGGCAGGGGAACAGAUGUUACAGAUAGCUAACACUUUUAUUAAUGCUCAGGAAGGAGAGCCACAUUUAUUACACAUUGCUAACACUUUUACUGAUCAAGGCAAAAAUAGUCAGGAAAAAAAGACUGACGAAAAUUAUGACACUCAUAUUAAAGGGGAGAUCAUGCAGUCUGAAAAUGGUAGUGAGGAAAUGCAUAUUGUUUAUGGUGAAAAUGAACACAUGUAUUCUGUACAAGAAAAUUCAAGCUUAAGUUCUGGAGAGCAGUCGGUUCUGGUUCAAAUUCCUGAAAUACAGAAUAUAACUGAUCAAAGUUUUAUGAAUUCUGGGGUACAAACUGUUGAUGACAUUUCACAAGACGAUAAUCAAGAAAUAAUAAUAGAAGGUAUGCCAAUACAGUAUCAAAAUCUGCAGAAUGUCCGAUCAGAGGUUUUACCUGAUGGUACAGUCCAAUUAUACGUGGUUGAUGAAGAGGCUGCAAAGGAAGAAGACCAGACUACCGAGAGUGACGAGAAGUUUAUUGUUACUGAGGAGGAGCAACCUUCUGUUGUAUCUGUAGUCAAGGAGACCAGGUACCGUGAUGUGGCCACUCAAAUCACAUGCUAUCCUAAGUUUUCCCGCCAGGGUUUAUUUGAUGUAGCUACUCAGGUUACUAAGAGAGAUAUUUUAGGUGGAACUGUUAAAAAUCGUCAACUUCCAAAUGGAACAACUAUCAUUCAAAACAAUAUUAAAACUCAAAAUCAAAGCACUGUUAUACUAAAUGCUGGAGCAAGUUCUCAAAUGGUCUUCUAUAAAUGUAAUAUAUGUGGGAAGUUGUACAAAAAUAAACCAAACUGGCAAAAUCACAUCAAAACUCAUGCUACUGAAAAGGUUUAUAUGUGUGGACAUUGUGGUAAAAUUUUCCAGAAAGCCAGUUUGGCAUCCCAUUUAAGAACUCAUUCAGAAUUAGCUCAGAUUGCUGUCUUUGAAAAUUUGCCAGACAAUAUGAAGCGUAAAAAUCAUAAAGCCAUACCUGGACUAAUACUGUCAAGUGAAGAGGCUUCUAUUAUAGAACUAGAUAUUAUUGAUGUACCGACAGAGGCUGAUGAAUCUAUGUUACCAGAGCCAGAACCCGAACCUGAACCUCCACAAGCCGAUCUAUCAGAGGUUUACACAGAUAACGACAUUCCUGCCAAAAUGCACAUGGAAGUUGAAGCUGAGACAGAAAUACAAGAAGGAACAAAGUCAAAGUUUGUUUACAAGUGUAACGUGUGUGGUAAAGAAUAUAACAGUAAAAGUAACUGUCAUCGCCAUUUAAAAUCUCACACAAAUGACAAGGAAUAUAAGUGUGGAUAUUGUGGUAAAGGUUUUACACAUAAAUAUGAAGUCAGAAUGCAUUGUAGAAUACAUACGGGUGAAAAACCAUUCAAAUGUCCAAUCUGUACCAGGGGAUUUAAUGAGAGUGGAAAUCUACGUCGACACAUGAAAAUUCACGUCAAGGACGAAUCUCCAUACAAAUGUGGUGUUUGCUUUAAAGGAUUCAACAAUACAGCUAGGUUAAAUGCUCAUAUGAAAGUACACACUGGAGAAAUUGUGUGUGAUACAUGUAAUAGAAAAUUCAAUAAAAUCUCCGAUUUGUACCGACACAUUAGAAUACACACUGGUGAACGUCCGUAUAAAUGUGAUUUUUGUGAUAAAACUUUCUGCCAAAAAGUCAACUUAGUCACACACAAGCGGACACAUACAGGACUUAAAGCAUUCAGAUGUGACCUCUGUGGACUAGGGUUCAGUCGUAAGACGAUACUUGAUACACACAUGCAAACUCAUGACAAUCCUGCUAUUGCUAAGGAUAGGGGAACUGUUGAACGUACACCUGUUAAGAUGGAACCUUCAGAGGAAUUACAAAUUAUAGAGAACGAAAUGUCACGAGAUCAGUCACAGAUAAAUAGAGUGGAAACCACACCACGUGAAAUCAUUACUACAGACAGUGGUACAGAAAUGGAAAUAGAACAAUUAGCUAUUCAGCAAGAUAUAUCAUUAGAUGAAGAAAUUCAUGUUCAGGAAGAGACUUGUGUAACGAUAGGCUGACAAUGGAUCUUACUUCUAUCAAUGAAUUUUUAUUUAUUUAUGUGCAUCAAUGAUACAGAGAAAAUAUGGCUGUAAUAAAAUAUGCAUUUAAAAUGUGAUGAAUAUUUAUUGAAAAUCAUGUUAAAACAUCAUCGAAAAUCUUCAAAUUGAUGUAUACAAAAAAUUUUCAUUGUUGAUUACAUUAUAGAUUUAACAGUCAGUCAUGUCAGUUGGUCAAAUUCAAAAAUUGAAAUAUGCAUUACCUUUUCACAAAUUGUCAGUAGAAUUUAGAAUUAUUUAAAUUUAGAAGGGGAGAAAUACAUGCAAUAUGAUGGUUAUAUUCUGCUUAAACUGCAAUUUUACAAAUGAAAUAUUGAACUCAUUUUAGCUUCUUUGCAUUUACUGUAAAUUCAGAAAUUAUUGCGUGCAUUUAUUAUUGCAAUUUUGUCAUUUUAAACUUAAAUGCGAUUUUAAUUUUUACGAUUUUGAGAAAAAUCCUGUUAAAUUCAUUUAAAAUAUUUCAAAAUGCGAGUUUAAAUUAUUGCGUUUAAAACUCCGUUGCAUUUUUCGCAAUAAUAAAAACCUUGCAUUAAUUUCUGAAUUUACAGUAUACAUUUUGUAGUUAUAACACCCUCUUGGAUAAAGCUGUUGAUCAUGUGCAUGUCUAUAACAAGAUCAUAGAAUAAGUAAGAGUUGAAAUUAAAAAAUUAGAAAAACUGAUGUCAGCCAGACCACUGUUAUUUUUUUGAACAUAUUGAAUGGUCUUUUGAUAAAUAGGUGAUACUCUUAACUACAUGUAUUAGAAUUGGAAGGGAUAAACAAUUGCAAAUAAACCUAUAGCUAUUAUACAGUCUUCUACAUUGUUAAAAAUUCAUAUAGGUUCAUUUUCUUACAGC